CUGUUUUUAUUGGUCGCUGAUUGGUUGAGAUGGUCUGGUAGGUUUAGUUAGAAAUGUUCCUCAGGUAACGUUAGUGUCCGGUUAUACUCGCAUCGUUGCUGUAAACGGAGUGAAAACGGCACGAACACACAGGUGACUGCGGCUCUUAGCUGUCGGAGGACAUGGAUCUCACAAAGGCUGCAGGUGGAGUAAUAGCUUACAUUAGCUCCUCGAGCUCGGCCUCCAGUCCCGAGUCGUGCCACAGCGACUCCUCCAACAGCAGCUAUCAGUCCUGCUCCCCCCCCCAUGCGGGGCAGGCCCAACAGGGCGAGGCUCUCACUGUGGCCCCUCAGUCCCGCCCACCGCGGCCCAGUGGAGGAAAGGCACGUUCGGCCUCCACUGCCAAAAGUGGCAUUACAAAGAUUAACGGGCUGGUGCUGCUAUGUAAAGUGUGUGGAGAUGUGGCGUCAGGAUUUCACUAUGGCGUUCACGCCUGUGAGGGAUGCAAGGGUUUCUUCAGGAGGAGCAUUCAACAGAACAUUCAGUAUAAGAAGUGCCUUAAAAAUGAAAGCUGUCCCAUCAUGCGCAUCAACAGGAACCGAUGCCAGCAGUGCCGCUUUAAGAAGUGUCUGCUCAUGGGCAUGUCCAGAGACGCUGUGCGUUUCGGACGGAUUCCCAAACGAGAGAAGCAGCGCAUGCUGCUCGAGAUGCAGAACGCCAUGAACAACAUGAUGAACAACAGCCAUGGUAACCAGCCGCUGAGCGACCAGACGUCAGCCACCGAUGCAGCUUCAGAGCACAGCGGCUCGGGCCCUUCCUCCUGCUCCCCCUCCACCUCCCCCAGGAGCAACCGAUAUGAAUCCAGCCCUGACCCCGAGCUGCUGAGUGCCAUGGAUACAAGUCAGAGCUCAGUCUCUUCCAGUGCCACUGACAGCGGGGAGGAGGAGGUCAUUGGCACAGUGACUAGAGUGCACCAGGAGACCUUCAUGUACAAUCAGGAGCAGGCCAGUGUGCCUUCAGAGGGCCCCAACAACUACAGCCAUUGCUCAGAGAAGACUCAGGAGGUCUGGAACCAGCAGAGCAAUGUCUCCUCAGAGAGCGAACAGAAGCCUUCAUCAGCCAGUGCUCCAUGGGGGCCUGAAGACUCUGGCUGUCCUUUCAGACUGCCCAACAGUAGCUCCACUGGACCGUCUCUGCAGAACCUCUCUCUGAAAGCACAUAAUGACAAUGAAACAUAUGUCAAAGGCAGCUCUAGUGUCCCAACAUUUGCAAGGGUUAACAGGAUGCACCUGGUUUGCCCCAUGAACACAUCGCCCUAUGUGGAUCCUCAGAAGUCCGGUCACAGUAUUUGGGAGGAGUUCUCCAUGAGCUUCACCCCAGCUGUCAGAGAGGUGGUGGAAUUUGCAAAGCGCAUCCCAGGAUUCAAAGAGCUGUCCCAGCACGACCAGGUCAGCCUGCUGAAGGCCGGCACCUUUGAGGUGCUGGUGGUGCGCUUUACAUCCCUGUUUGAUGUGAAGGAGCGCACGGUUACAUUUCUGAGUGGCAGGAAGUACAGCGUGGAGGCGCUGCGCUCGAUGGGUGCUGGAGAUCUGCUCAACUCAAUGUUUGACUUCACAGAGAAGCUGCAAGCGCUGAACCUCAGUGAGGAGGAGAUGAGCCUCUUCACGGCCGUAGUGCUGGUGUCUGCAGAUCGCUCCGGUCUCGAGAACGUCAACUCGGUUGAGGCCCUUCAGGAAACUCUGAUUCGAGCUCUGCGCAGCUUGAUCACCAAGAACCACCCCAACGAAAUCGCCAUCUUCACUAAACUGCUCCUCAAACUGCCGGACCUGCGCUCGCUCAACAACAUGCACUCUGAGCAGCUCUUGGCCUUUAAGGUCCACCCCUGACCACCCACCAGCCCCAUAACUGUGGACCACACCCCCCAUCCAUCUCCAGAGCCUCCUUCCUGCGGCCCGUUUAGCCAGUGGGGAACUGUUAUUACUCAGUGCCCCUUUUCUGACACUUCUCCCCAUGACUUUCAAAGCACUGCUGGUUAAAUAUGGAGGUGGAGCGGGGAUACAAGAAGUCAUUGUACUGUAAAACGCCUGUAUUGUACUGUAAAAUGCCUCUGCUCAUGCUAAAGCACACGUCUCGCUGACACAAACUGGAGGGUUUUCGUUGUAGAUGCUUACGAGAGUUUGUACGGUUACACGGUUUGUGUGUGCGCAGAGGCACCUUGAAUUAGUUUUUAGAUUUAUAAAUCUGCCUGUGCAAUAAGUGACGCGUUCACUGGUUUUGUGAUUGUUCCUUGUUGGUCUUUUAAUACUUUCAGAGAAGAGCACGUAAGGUAUCUGUGGCACUUAUGAAUGCUUUGUGUUGCUAAAGGGAGAUUAUGAAUGGAUAUUCCCACAAACAAAUGGGAAAAUAAUUACAUAGUGCACAGUUUGGCAUCCUUUCUAAUUCUGAGAGAAUAAAAA